AGGGCUCACAUAAUUUCAUUCUUCCCUUGGCAGGUGUCUGCAUCACCAGCAUCCUGCCCACACAUCUUGCUGUUGUCCCUAGCCAAGAGUCAUCAUGCCUCGUGGUCAUAAGAAUAAGCGCCAUGCCCGGAAGAAACGCCACCAGGCCCGAGGUGAGGCUCAGGCUUGUGGAAGUGUUCAGGAAAUAGCAGAGGAACCACAAGAGGCAGCGGAAAAGUCCUCUGCUGCUUCCCAGAGCCAGCCUGAGGCUGAGUCUUCCAGCACUCCCGAGGCUCUUCAGGAAGCAACACCAUCUGCCUCAAGCACUCUGAGUAUUUCUUCCUCUGAAUCACGUGAGAAUUCCUGUGGGGAAAGUGAUGAAUUCCAGGAAAAGGAAUCCCCCAUUGAGGACCAGCCCUGCACCAUCCGUCCUCACCAAGAAAUGGUAGCAAGAAAGGUAAUAGUGCUCUUACAGCACCUGCUCCACAACUUCAAUGUGAAGCAGCUUACUACUAAGGAAGAUAUGCUGAAGCUUCUCACCAAGAAGUAUGAAGACGACUUCCCUGAGAUCUUCAGGAAAGCCUCUCAGAAGCUCGAAGAUGCCUUUGCAGUGGAAGUGAGGGAAGUCAACUCCAGUAAGCCCUCAUACAACCUCAUCAGCAAGCUGAAGCUCCCCAACAAUGGGAGGAUUCGUCCUGGCAAAGGCUUUCCCAAGACUGCUUUUGUGAUGUGUGUCUUAGGUAUUAUCCUCAUUAGGGGCAAUUGUGCCAGUGAAGAAGACAUCUGGAAAGUCCUGAAGAAGAAGCGAAUCUAUCCAGGAAAGAAGCACCGCAUCUUUGGUGAGCCCCGGAAGCUCCUGACCAAUUAUUUGGUGAAGCUGAAUUACCUGGAGUACAGGCAGGUGGCCGGCAGUGUUCCUCCACGCUAUGAGUUCCUGUGGGGUCCCCAAGCCUAUGCUGAAACAAGCAAGAUGAAAGUCCUGGAAUAUUUGGCCAAGAUAAACCAAACAACACCUAGUGCCAUGGCUGCCAUUUACGAAGAGGCUUUGAAAGAUGACCAAGGACAAACAGAAGCCAGAGAUGAAGAUGACUCUGAUGCCACUGACCAAACUAGUGAAGAUCCCUCAGUAAAAUUACCAGCAAAUCCCACUGUCCCCGUUGACCUUUAAAGUUUUCCUGUCAUUGAGAUAAGGACACAAAGCAUGAAAAAAAGGUUUUCUUGAAAAUAUGAAAUAAUCUUAGAGUUAGUAGGUCAGGACACUGGGAAUAGCAGGGGAUUAGAACACAGUUAAGUCUAGUUUCCUUUAAUUGCAUUCAUUAUGUGGUUUGGUAAAGUUAAAUGCAAUAAAUGUAAUUAAAUAUUUCCCCUGGUUUGUAAAACAAAAGUCAAUAAAAGUCAAAUGUUUAUGAA